AUGCCUCGGACAGAGGAACAAAUGGCCGUGCGUGCUGAACUACCAAACUCUAGUCUCCUCUUCUGCGGGACUGCCAGAAAGUGCAGAAAUGAGAUAUCACAGGCCCGACCGAUGAAGAAGUAUUCCCACCACACCUCCCCCCCCUUAAAUGAGGUGACUUGUCUUGCCUCAGCCCUCGACCUCUCGUUCUAUCCAAAGUCUAGCGACCGGAAUCCUCGCCACCGAGUCAUCGAUAUGCCGCGAUCUUCCUCCACGGUCCUCCAGAGGAUUACUCGGACACCGGCAGAGCAGCGGCUCGUGACUUGGACCGUUCUCAGAAAAUGGGCAGGGCCCCAUUGGCCAUCCCCGGCAGUCUGGACCCCGCUAAUGCACGGCGGCAAUGCUAGUCCCAAAGAGUACAAGUCGCCGCGCUCGCCCCCACCACAAGACCGCCGACCUCAUCCGGUGUACUUGCCCGACAGUCUUGCCCUUUUCACCAAGGCGGUCGCGCGGUUCUGGGGGGUUGCCGCCGAGUGA